AUGAUGACCUCCAUCAAAGGCUCAGGUCACGCGGCAGUCGUCCAGUCUGGCAGUGAAAAACGCCGCGAGUGUGGUAAUGAGUGUAUUAACCGGGGCGGGGAGGGGGGGGGGGUAGUUCUGGGUGCGGCGGCAGAUACCACAGUGAGUGCAGACCGAAGUUUUAUCGGUGGCAGAAGUGGUACUGGUAGCAGGGGCAGAGUACAGAGCGGCAGGGGAAGUAGAAACACUGGUACCGAAAGCAAAGCUGAUGGCAAAAGUGGUGCUCGUAGAGAUGAGGGCAUGAGGGAAACCGGCAGCAAAGGUGGUGGAAAGGCUGGUAUCGGUGGCACAGGUAGAGGGGAGUGUGGUAGCAAGCGGCUGGCGUGGCCCAAGGCACUAACUCAGGCAGCCACCUAA